AUGCCUGCUAUCUCACGAAAGCGAAAAUCUCGCGCUCGGUCCCGAUCAAAGCCAUACGAGCGACUUCCUCAUUCUUCCAGUCCUGCGCUGUCCGAUGACCCGAACGGUGACGAAUGCCCUCCCUCACCAGUCAUAGACACGGCGGACAAACCUGGAUUUCCUACAUACACUCAGUACAAACGUAUAGAGAUGGCGUACCUACAAUCGCUGUCCCCGCGAAAGCGUGACAAAGCCCUCAUAUCUCAGUGCAUGUUCGACAAGAUCUGGGAUGUACUACACCAACCGGACGCAUGCACUAUCGGAACACCACAGUUUCGAUUCUGGGUCCGCAAGAUGUUCACGCUGAGCACGCCCGACACAGAAGAUGACGACAUCGAGGUACCAGUUGUUAUCCUCCAUGAGAACAGACCGGUCGCCGUUCAGGAGCAGCUAUAUGAACUCUUCUGUUACUGCCAUGAAGAAUCCAACCAUGGCGGUCGAGACAAAACCUGCGCUAUCAUCCGCCAGCACUACUCAUGGGUCCCAAAGGAGCUUACUGCGCAGUUCGUCAAAGCUUGUCCUACAUGUACCUUCAAACGAAGCGGAAAU